UUUGAAAAUAAAUCUAAUAAUAGAAUGGUAUUUUGGUGUAAUAUCUCAUUUAUUUACUGAUGAUUACGAGACUUAUGUUUUAAAGGGCCUUGCGGAUCUAGUUGAUCCUACAAUUGGAACCGAAAAUGGUGGCCACGUUUUUAACGGUCCCUGUCAUCCUUAUGGGCUUGUCAAAGUAGGGUUCGACACAAAUAAUGCGCAUGAUUUCCAUGCCGG